CUUGGUGUCGUUUUCACUCUCGCAAUCACAAACUACUUACACAACACAAGGUCUGUCCGAUCAUGGAGCGUGAGAAGUUUGAAGUCUUCGGUAAUUUUGGUGUCCAUCUCCAUAGUUGUAUCACUCCAACUCCGCUUUUGUCUGCUUUGCUCGUCGUCCG